GGGAGGCGGUGUAAGGCUGGGAGGUGGAUGAAGCCGGAAGAGGAAGUCCAGUGAAUUACCAACCAGGCGAGAUGAGUGGCUUGGGAAAGCUCUUCGGGAAGGGUAAGAAAGCCAAAGCCCCUACCCCGCAGGAGGCCAUCCAGAAGCUGCGGGAGACAGAGGAGGUGCUUGUCAAGAAACAAGAAUUCCUGGAGCAAAAGAUCCAGCAGGAACUUCAGUCCGCCAAGAAACAUGGGACGAAAAACAAAAGAGCUGCUCUGCAAGCCCUCAAGCGGAAGAAACGCUACGAGCAGCAGCUGGGGCAGAUCGAUGGGACCCUCUCCACCAUUGAGUUCCAGCGCGAGGCUCUGGAGAAUGCCACCACCAACACCGAAGUGCUCAAGACCAUGUCGGACGCGGCCCGAGCCAUGAAGGAAGCCCAUCAGCACAUGGACAUCGACAAAGUGGACGACCUGAUGGCCGAGAUCACAGAGCAGCAGGACAUCGCCCAGCAGAUCUCCGACGCCAUCUCGAAGCCCGUCGGCUUUGGGGACGAUGUAGACGAGGACGAGCUGCUAGCUGAGCUGGAGGAGAUGGAGCAGGAAGACUUGGACAAGGAACUUCUGAAUGUUGGGGAACCGACCCCCGAGCUGCCCAGCGUGCCUGCCUCUCGCCUGCCCAGCGUGCCAGCCUCAAAAGUGCCCGCCUCUGCCUCUGCGGUGGACGACGAUGACGACGAAGAAAUGAAGCAGCUCGCCGCCUGGGUGUCGGCGGGCUUCUCCUGGUUCUUACUCCCCUUGAUCUGCCCGGUGCUACGGGUCCGGCUGGCGGGCUUCUUUUUGUCCGCCGUGAAGGUGAGGGAGCGGGACUUGGUGCUGGGCGUGGUGGCGUUCUUGCUGGUGUCGGCUGCCCGGGGUCCGCAGAUGGCUUCCAGGGCCUUGAUCUCGGUGUUUCUUGAGGUUGGUGUCAUCAAAGGGCAGGUGGGCCACCACCAAGGUGUAGAGGAUGACCCCCAUGCUCCAGAUGUCGGAGAGGAACGGGUUGUAGGGCAGGCCCAGCAAGAUCUCCGGGCAAGCGUAGGCAAAGCUGCCGCAGUACGUCUGGCUCAGGUGCGAGAAGCAGCUCAUCAUUCGGUAACAAUAUUUGAAUUCUCACUUUCUACUGAACGCACAGGGCUGCGAAGCUUUGGAAACCAGAAACAGUCCUGGGCAGAAAUGGCGGAGCAGUGGGGCCAGGCGCGGGCAUGGGAAGCCCCUGGGGCUGAGAGGCGCCCCCCCCCACUUCACCCUCUGCGCCUGGAGACCCCCGCUUCCUCUCCCCCCGCCCUCGGGCAGAAGGAGUUGCAAGACCCUCAGGCAGCGCCAAGGGCAGCCCUAGAGAGAGAGCCCUGGCCCAUUUCCUACCCCCCUUUCUCCUGUUACCACCCCAUGAUGGCCCGCCCCCCAUUUCUUGUCCUUCUCCUCUUCUUCCUCCUUUCCCUCCUAUCCACGGCCUCUUCAGAGACCCACUAUCAGCGGGGGGACCCAGUGAUGCUUUACGUCAACAAAGUGGGACCUUACCACAACCCCCAGGAGACCUACCAUUAUUACCAGCUCCCCGUGUGCUCCCCGGAGAAUAUCCGCCACAAAAGCCUUACCUUGGGGGAGGUGCUGGAUGGAGACCGCAUGGCCGAGUCGAUGUACGAGAUCCGUUUCCGGGAGAACGUGGACAAGAAGGUCCUCUGUGAAAUGAAGCUCACCCCUGAGCAGGUGGAGCGUCUCCGGCAAGCCAUCGAAGAGUUAUACUACUUUGAGUUUGUGGUGGACGACCUGCCUCUGCGCGGCUUUGUGGGGUACAUGGAGGAAAGCGGCUUCCUGCCCCACACCCACAAGAUCGGCCUCUGGACCCACCUGGACUUCCACCUGGAGUGGAACGGCGACCGCAUCAUCUAUGCCAACGUCAGCGUCCGGAACGUCAAGCCCACCAGCCUGGACGAUGUCCGCAGCAUCCUCCCCGUGGCCCACACCUACAGCGUCCGCUGGUCCGAGACUGCGCUGGAGCGGCGAGGCGACCGGCGAGGCAGCCGCAGCGGCGACGACGGCUUCUUCCCCCGCACCUUGGAGAUCCACUGGCUCUCCAUCAUCAACUCCAUGGUCCUGGUCUUCCUGCUGGUGGGCUUUGUCGUCGUCAUCCUCAUGAGGGUGCUGAAGAACGACCUGGCGCGCUACAACCUGGACGAGGAGGCCUCCACCUCGUCCUCGGGCGACGACUUCGACCAGGGCGACAACGGCUGGAAGAUCAUCCACACGGACGUCUUCCGCUUCCCGGCCUUCCGCAGCCUCCUCUGCGCCGUCCUCGGGGUGGGCAGCCAGUUCCUAGCUUUGGGCACGGGGAUCAUCGUCAUGGCUCUCCUGGGCAUGUUCAACGUCCACCGGCAUGGUGCCAUCAACUCGGCUGCCAUCCUGCUCUACGCCCUCACCUGCUGCAUCUCCGGCUACGUCUCCAGCAACUUCUACCGCCAGAUCGGGGGCGAGCGUUGGGUCUGGAACAUCCUGCUCACCACCAGCCUUUUCUCCGCUCCCUUUUUCCUGACGUGGAGUGUCGUCAACUCGGUGCACUGGGCCAACGGCUCAACGCAGGCUCUGCCGGCCACCACCAUCCUGCUGCUGCUGACCGUCUGGCUGCUGGUGGGCUUCCCUCUCACCGUCAUCGGCGGCAUCUUCGGCAAGAACCGGGCGGGACCCUUUGACGCCCCCUGCCGCACCAAGAACAUCGCCCGGGAAAUCCCGCCCCAGCCUUGGUACAAGUCCACGCUGGUUCACAUGACCAUUGGGGGCUUCCUCCCCUUCAGCGCCAUUUCUGUGGAGCUCUACUACAUCUUCGCCACGGUGUGGGGCCGGGAGCAGUACACCCUGUACGGGAUCCUCUUCUUCGUCUUCGCCAUCCUCCUCAGCGUCGGCGCCUGCAUCUCCAUCGCCCUCACCUACUUCCAGCUCUCGGGCGAGGACUACCGCUGGUGGUGGCGCUCCGUGCUGAGCGCUGGCUCCACCGGCCUCUUCAUCUUCCUCUACUCCGUCUUCUACUACUCCCGCCGCUCCAACAUGUCUGGCGCGGUGCAGACGGUGGAGUUCUUCGGCUACUCCCUCCUGACGGGCUACGUCUUCUUCCUCAUGCUGGGCACCAUCUCCUUCUUCGCCUCCCUCAAGUUCAUCCGCUACAUCUACGUCAACCUCAAGAUGGACUGAGCGCCCGCCCCACCCCUGCGCUCUCGUUGGCCGGCGCCGGCGCAUAGCUCUGCUUCCCCGUUGGCUAGGACAGGCGCUGCUCAAAGGCGGGGCCUCCCAGUUGGCUGGGAGCUCAGCCGAGCUCGGGGAAACCGGGCUUUUUAACGACCCGUCUCUCUCGUUAGCUGGGGUCGGUUUUCCGAGAGCUUCCCAGCUCACCGCAGUGGCGGUUGCUUGAUUGCCGGGGAGCAGCAGGAAACGGGAUCCAUAAGCCCUCCUCUCCUGUUGAUCAGCGCAGCUAGUCCAUCAGCGAGCCUGUCAAUCUGGCCAAUUAGUAGGCACUGCAACAAAUUUCCUCUUUCUUUCUUUAUAAAAAAAAAAUUGGUCAAAACUGCAGUUUGUGCGCUUUGGGGUGGGAAUUAUGGUUUGUUACUCUCUUUAAACGGGUUGAAAUGUGACCAAUCGGGAGAGCUCUCUUCCUAUUGGCUGGGCGGCCUGGUCAGCUGACCAAUGCCAGGCUCAGUUCGCCAAUCAUGCUCCUUCCCUUCCAAAGGGAAGUCUGGCUCUUGGCGGCUGACCAGCCGGGAAACGGUGAAGAUUGUUCUGCCACGAUUCGCUUCCUUUAGAGCUUUUAUGCAAUCGGGCGACAGGUCCCAGCCAAUCGCAUUCAAAAUAAAAACUGGCCCCUACGAGGACCGGCAGGGCCGGCCCUGCAGAUGGAAAUUGCCCCAGCAACCGGCACCACCUUCUCCCUCGGGUUUCCCCCCUCUACGGGAUUCUUAAUGUGGGAGAGAAUUCGCGGGCUAAGGAUUGGAUAAUAGUUUCCUCUGACCAGAGGCCUUUCCAGGGGGCUAGGUUAAAAUGGAUGUCUCCAUGUUGGAGGGGGACAGAGAAAGAGCCUUGUGGGCCUCCCCCUGCAGCUUUUUAAGGACCCCCCUCUUUGCAUGUUGUAGGAUAGGCUGCGCCAGUGUUUGGGAAUCCCCUGUGUUGUUGGACUACAACUCCCAUCACCCCCUGCCAGGUUCGCCAACGGUCACGGAUGAUGGGAGUUGUAGUCCAACAUCUUCCGGCUUGGAGAACACCGGUCGACCCCUUCAGAAGGGGAUCCAGCAAGGGAUCCAGCCUCUUCAUUCGAUUUGUUUCACCAGCCGCCGCCACCUCAUGGACAAGGUAGUCCCCCUCCAGUCAGAGGCCUCCCUGCAUUGCCAAUACCUUUUCUCUCUCUCUCCCUCUCUCCUACAUUGCCUCCUUUGUUACUCCCAAGGUGCCUGGGGCUAUUAUAGUCUGGGUGGGGGAAGAAGCUGUCUCUUCGCCUUCCGCCACAGUCAAGAAAAUGCCUAUAAUUAUAUAUGGAAAUUAUAUAUAUGAGGAGUUAUGUAUAUUUAGCAAGGAUCGAAGCUAGGGUUUUGUUUGGUUUUUUAAUUUGAUUUUUGUUUUGUUCCAGCCGUUUCUUUUUACAGAUCUUGAAAUUCAACUUUAUUAAUUAAAAAGAAAAACCAAAAAACCUAGCUGCAA